AUGUGUCGCCUGCCAGUGGCUUCCCUCUUGGUUUGCUUUUGGUUGGUGGAGAGGAGCCAGUGUAACAGCAGCCUUCAGGACAGCAUGGGAGAGCUGCACGCCAGGUUCGCCGUCAGCCUCUACCAGACGCUCACCCAGACGCAGAACAACUCCAACCUCAUAGUGUCACCUGUGAGCGUCUCCUUGUCCCUUGGGCUCCUGCAGCUCGGGGCCCGGGGCAACACGCUGGCUCAGCUGGAGGAAACGUUGGGAUACAACUUAAACGAUGCACAGGUACAAGACUUCCUUGUGCAUUCACAGAGUGAUAUGGACAACAGCAGUCAGGGGAUGUGGCUGCAGCAGACCUGCACAUUAUUCAUUCAGAGCGGCGUCCAACUCCUGACUGAGUUCACACAACACGCAGCUGCCUGGUCCAACACCAGCGUGGUCCGAGCCAACUUUAGUCAACCCAACCACACCCGCAGCCAGCUGGCGCGAGCUGGACACAGCCACGAUGAGACGUGGCCCCUCCAGGCAGGAAGCAGCAGCGGGGAUCUCUCGGGCUCAGGUGAGACCCAGGGAGAGGCCCUGUGGUGGGGCCAUCGGCUGCAGAUGGCCCUGGUCAACACGGUGGCCUUCAGGGGCGUGUGGCAGAAACAGUUCCUGUUCACCAACACACAGAACCUGCCUUUCCUCCUCUCUGAUGGGACUGCCAUCAAAGUGCCCAUGAUGUAUCAGGCCACAGAGGUUAGCUUUGGUCAGUUCAGGACGACCUCAGACCAGCGUUACACGGUGCUGGAGCUGCCGUACCUGGGCCACUCUCUGAGCCUGCAGGUGGUCCUCCCCAGCGAGAGGAAGACCCCGCUGUCCUCCCUUGAGUCCCAGCUCACCGCUCGCCAGCUGGCCUCCUGGGACACCGGCCUGCGCAGAACCAAGAUGGACAUUUUCCUGCCCAGGUUCAGAAUGCAGAAUAAAUUCAACCUGAGAUCAGUGCUCCCCGCUAUGGGCAUCAGCGACGCCUUUAACCCGACAGCAGCUGACUUCACAGGAAUCUCAGUGGAGGAGGGUCUCUACGUGUCUGACGCCUUCCAUGAAGUGAGAAUAGAAGUCACAGAAGAUGGGACGAAAGCAUCUGCUGCUACGGCGAUGGUGCUACUCAAACGAUCCCGUGCUCCUGUGUUUAAGGCGGACCGGCCGUUCUUAUUUCUUCUGCGACAGAGUAACACAGGAUCUAUCUUGUUCAUGGGCAGAGUGAUGAACCCAGCUGACCAAUCACCUUGAGACUCCCUUCAACACCACCACACACACACAC